AGGAAUGAGGGAGGAGGGGCGUGGCUUGCCCCUCGCCACGUGAUGCAGGCGCCCGCGGGCACGCCCCUUUCCCCGCCUCCCCGUCACGUGACUAGGGGGCGGUCGCGGCCGCGUUGGGUUAGUUGUCAGUGUGUGUGGCGGCGGUGGUGGUGGAGACUCAGAGUUCUACCUUGUAAAUACUGUUAUUUGUAUAUACUGUAAAUGAUGACAUCAGUGGGCACUAACCGGGCCCGGGGAAGCUGGGAGCAGACGCAGACGCAGAACCAGGCACAGCACAAGCAGCGGCCACAGGCUACUGCAGAGCAAAUCCGGCUUGCACAGAUGAUCUCGGACCACAACGAUGCCGACUUUGAGGAGAAGGUGAAACAGCUGAUUGACAUCACAGGCAAGAACCAGGAUGAGUGUGUGAUCGCCCUACACGACUGCAACGGAGACGUCAACAGAGCCAUCAAUGUCCUGUUGGAGGGCAAUCCGGACACGCACUCCUGGGAGAUGGUGGGGAAGAAGAAGGGUGUUUCUGGACAAAAGGACAGCGGACAGACAGAGCCCAGCGAAGAAGGCAAAGAGAACCGAGAGCGGGAGAGAGACUUCAGCCGGCGGCGUGGCGGCCUCCCGAGACGGGGCCGGGGGACUAGCCGUGGAAGAGAGUUCCGGGGCCAGGAGAACGGCUUGGAUGGUGGGAAGGCAGGCGGAUCUUCCGGAAGAGGCACAGAGAGAGGGCGACGGGGGCGUGGGCGAGGCAGAGGUGGAUCUGGAAGGCGGGGAGGAAGGUUUUCGGCCCAGGGCAUGGGGACUUUCAACCCUGCGGACUACGCUGAGCCCACCAGCACGGAGGAGGGCUAUGGAAACAGCACCAGCAACACGUGGAACAAUACGGGGAGCUUCGAGCCGGACGACGGGACGAGAGUUGAUUACAUUAGGGGUGAGGGGUCAAAUUAUCCCCGAAAAUUUGGCACUGCUCCUGGUACGAGAAAUCCAGGUGCGUGGAGGACAGCAACGGAGGAAUGGGGGACCGAGGACUGGAAUGAAGAUCUAUCGGAGACCAAGAUCUUCACUGCCUCCAGCGUCUCCUCGGUGCCUCUGCCGGCAGAAAACGUGACCAUCACGGCUGGACAGAGAAUCGACCUUGCGGUGCUGUUAGGAAAGACCCCUUCUUCCGUGGAGAACGAGUCUCCCAACCUGGAUGCCCCGCAGGCCCCAGCGCUCAGCCAGCCUCUGGUGUUCAGCAAUUCCAAGCAGAGUGCGCUGUCUCAGCCGACUUCAGGGAACAACACCUUCUCCCACCAUGGCAUGGUCAGCGUGCUGGGGAAGGGGUUCAGCGAUGUCGGUGAGACCAAAAGCGGCGGAGGGGCGGGCGCCGCCGCCGCCGCCGCCACCACAACCACCACCGGUUCGCAGUUCCUGGAGCAGUUCAAGACGGCCCAGGCUUUGGCUCAGCUGGCCGCCCAGCACCCCCCGCCCGCUGGGAGCAGCAGCACAGCCCCUUCCUGGGACAUCGGCUCCACGGCCCCAUCCUCCUCUCUCGUGCAGUACGAUCCGAAGAGCCCGUCGGACUCGGCGGUGCACAGCCCGUUUGCCAAGCGCCAGGCCUUCCCAGCCGCCUCCGCCAUGAUGGAGGUGUUCCUGCACGACAAGCCGCCUGUGGCGACGGCCUCCGUCACCGCCCCGCCGCCUCCAUCCUCCCCGCUGGCCAGCAAAACCAACCCGGUCCCCCAGAUGUCCCCGGGCUCCUCCGACAACCAGUCCUCCAGUCCCCAGCCGGCCCAGCAGAAGUUGAAGCAACAUAAGAAGAAGGCGUCCUUGACAUCAAAGAUUCCCGCCCUGGCCGUGGAGAUGCCUGCCUCGGCAGAUAUCUCGGGACUCAACUUGCAGUUUGGGGCGUUGCAGUUCGGCUCGGAGCCGGUUCUCUCGGAGUACGAGCCGGCGCCUGCCACGAGCGCCACGGUGAGCCAGCCUCCCAGCAGCCUCUACACAAGCACUGCAAGCGACUCUCUGUCCACGAUUUCGUCCAACAAGAGCCAGGAGUCUGGUUUCCAGAGUGGCACCAUGCCUACAGCAACGUAUACCUCCCAGAACAGCGCUCAGGGACCACUGUAUGAGCAGAGAUCCACCCAGACCCGGCGGUAUCCAAACUCCAUUUCCUCCUCUCCCCAGAAAGACUUGACCCAGGCUAAGAACGGCUUCAGCUCUGUACCGCCCACGCAGUUGCAAACCACACAGACGGCUGAAGGCUCUGCCGGCCCCACGGUGAAAUCCGACUCCCCCUCUGCCUCCAGCAUCGCUGCCCCUCUCAACGAUCCGGUAUCGGCAGCCUCUCUGCUUACCACGGCCACGCAGCACUCGUCGGCGCUCAGCAGCCUGAACCACGCUGAGGAACUCCCCAGCACAGCCACCACGCAACAUAGCAGCACGUUACCCGCCCAGCAGAACAGCCUCUCCUCGUCCACUUCCUCUGGCCGCACGUCCACUUCCACCCUCUUGCACACCAGUGUGGAGAGCGAAGCCGGGCUGCCUUCUUCCGCAAGCACUUUCUCCACCUCCUCCAGCACGGUCUCGGCCGCCCCGCCCGUGGCCAGCGCCGCCUCCAGCCUGAGCAGCGUCAGCAGCCUGGGCCUCAGCCUGGGCAGCAACUCCACCGUGACGGCCACCACGCGGAGCUCCGUGGCCACGACGUCAGGGAAGGCGCCUCCCAACCUGCCCCCCGGUGUGCCCCCGUUGCUGCCGAACCCAUACAUCAUGGCCCCGGGGCUGCUGCACGCCUACCCGCCCCAAGUUUACGGCUACGAUGACUUGCAGAUGCUUCAGACAAGGUUCCCCUUGGACUAUUACAGCAUCCCCUUCCCCACACCGACCACCCCGCUGACUGGAAGGGACGCAAGCCUGAGCAGCAACCCUUACUCUGGUGACCUCACGAAGUUCGGCCGUGGCGACGCCUCGUCCCCCGCGCCGGCGACCACCCUGGCCCAACCCCAGCAGAACCAGACGCAGACCCACCACACCGCCCAGCAGACCUUCCUGAACCCGGCCCUGCCGCCAGGCUAUAGCUACACCAGCCUGCCCUACUACACCGGAGUGCCAGGGUUGCCCAGCACCUUCCAGUACGGGCCCGCUGUGUUCCCCGUGGCUCCUACCUCUUCCAAGCAGCAUAGCGUGAAUGUCAGCGUCAACGCCUCGGCCACCCCCUUCCAGCAGCCCAGUGGCUAUGGCUCCCACGGAUACAGCACCGGUGUAUCGGUAACCUCCAGUAAUACAGGAGUGCCAGACAUCUCCGGCUCGGUCUACUCCAAGACGCAGCAGCAGUCCUUCGAGAAGCAGGGCUUUCACACUGGCACCCCGGCCGCCUCGUUCAACUUGCCCUCGGCGCUGGGCAGCGGCGGCCCCAUCAACCCGGCCACGGCCGCAGCGUAUCCGCCGGCCCCCUUCAUGCACAUCCUGACGCCCCAUCAGCAGCCGCACUCCCAAAUCUUGCAUCACCACCUGCAGCAGGAUGGGCAGAGCGGCACGGGCCAGCGCAACCAGGGGAGUUCCAUCCCGCAGAAAUCGCAGGCAAACAAGUCCACCUACAACAGCUACAACUGGGGCGCCAACUGAGAGAGCUCCGAGGCGGCUCCACACUUCAGCCAAGAGACGGACGGACACGGCGGCCACCUAACCAAGAAGGAAGGACACCCCACCCCCCCGGGGGGAAGCGCUCCCCUGCCCUCGGCACGGCCCUGCAGCCCCGGCUGGGCUCGGCAUUCUCCCCCUUGCCACCUCUCCCUUCCCCACCUAUUGUAUGUAAUAUAGACUUUGUAUCUCUUAUUUUUCUCUCUUUUCUUUCUCUCUCUCUUCUCUUUCUCUGCAUUCAUUCAGAUUACAGCCGUUCAGCCGUAGGGGCCUUUUUUUUUCUACUCCUUUACUCCGCCCCACCCUCCCCUCCCCUCCAGAAAAGUACCUCCUGGCGGACCCAAAGGAGUCACCACCUGGAAUCCCCUCCGCCCGCCCCCCCCUACAAUGCCCCCCCUUUAUUAUUAGGAAUAAGCGCAGUAAUUGAUAUGAUCCGCAUUGUAAGAUUAAUUAGUUGAAGUGUUUUUUUGUACUGUGUUCUAAAUUUAAUGGAUAAAUGUGUCUUGUAUAUAAAAACGAAAACCCCACUUGG